UUUUUCGGAAGGCAAAAACUCCAGUAAAGCGAUUGUUUUUCUUCGGUCCUUGAGGAUCAUUUACGGAUAUAUGGAGACUUUUAAAAUAGAUUCACACAUGGAGAAUGAAGUACAGGACUUUGUACGUCUAGUAGGACAUAAUGAAAUGGUGUAGAAGAACAAAAGGACAGAGUUUGUGCGUGUUUGUGGAGGUUUCUGGAGCUCUUCUGGAUCCUCUGGGCUCAGCUCGCGGCUGUCAUGCAGAUCCUGCUGUGCUUCAGCUUCGGCUUCUUCUUGCUGGACUCUUGCAUGAGCCACACUUCCUUCACUUGCGAGCCUGUGCAUGUGCAGUGGUGCCACAGCAUGCCCUACAACUCCACAUUCUUCCCCAACAUGCUGGAGCACUACGACCAGGACAUCGCUGCAGUGAAGAUGAAGCCCUUCAUGCCUCUGGCCAGCCUGCGCUGUUCUCCUGACGCGCAUCUGUUCCUGUGCCAGGCAUUUGUUCCCGAGUGCACGGAUCACACGCGUGUCCUGCGGCCCUGCAGAGAGCUGUGUGAGCGUGUUCUGUCCGACUGCAGCAGAGACAUGCUCACCUUCGGCAUCAGCUGGCCGUCCGAGCUGCAGUGUGACCGGUGAGUAGAUCAUCAGUCUUCUGUGAGAGGAAUGGGCUGCAACAGCUAAACAAUCAUGAAAAUGGU